AUGCACGACUUUGAGCUGUUCAUUCCGAGGUUUAGUUUGGUUAAAAGCUGACACGAACAUGAGGUCUUCUAGACCUAAGAUUUGUUUGAAUCUUUGUUUUAAAUUUGUUGCUAUAUCUGGGAGAUGGUAUUCAUGACAUAAGGUGCAAAAUCCACCGUGUACUAUUGAUCUCCUACGUUCUCCUUUUCUACCAAAAAAGGAGGUUGAGCCAGUGAGGAGACAUGGAAGAAAUAGGUCCCAAUUCAUGCGCAAGGCCAUCGUUAGAGAAGAAAGCAAAACCACAAGAGCAAUUGAAUUGUCCAAGGUGCAGUUCAACAAACACUAAGUUCUGCUAUUACAACAAUUACAGCCUCACACAGCCAAGAUAUUUCUGCAAGACUUGUAGAAGGUAUUGGACAGAAGGUGGUUCUCUCAGAAACGUCCCAGUUGGAGGUGGCUCCAGGAAGAACAAGAAGGCCACCUUAUCAAAGGUUCCCGACUUGAAUCCACCAGUCUCGGCUAUUUCUUCCCAAAACCCUAAAAUGCAAGGAGUCCAUGACCUUAAUUUGGCUUUUCCUGCAGCUAUUGACAAGUAUCAUGGCAUGUCCCCAUAUGUUGAGAUGCCAAAACUUGAAAUUGGUGGUGAGAAUACCAGUCACCACCAUAGCCCUUCUUCUGCUCCAACUUCUCUUUCACCGACAUAUGGCAUGUUGCCUAGGGGUUUGAAUCCUUAUGCUCCUAAUUCCUUCUUGCCAAGCUCAGAUUCACUUUACACACCGAUCUAUCCCAUGCAAGAAAUUAAACCAAACCUUAGCUUUUCAGUUGAUGGGUUUGGAAAUAGAUCACACGGGGUUCAAGAGAACGGUGGCGGCGGGAGGCUUUUGUUCCCUUUCGGAGAUAUCAAGCACCUUUCUGCAGGUGUUGAAGUUGAACACAACAAAGAACAAGGAAAUAAUCCAACUGGAUACUGGACUGGAAUCAUCGGUGAAGGGUCAUCAUGGUAAUUAAGUAACGAAAGAACUAUUGGGAGAACAUGGAUCAAACCUGCAUUGUUUUCUUUAUCUUCUUCACUCUUUCUUUUUAUCCUUUCUCACGUGAAUCAUUAUGAUCUAUUUGUUUGAAGUUGUUCAGAUCACUAACAAUAGGAUACAUCUGGUUACUCUGUUCUGUAUACAUUACUACGUUUGUAUGUGAGCAAUGUGAGGGUUUUGCUGCUCAUCUUGGUUGUUUUUCCAUUUAGAGAGAGGCAGAUAGAAGAAGGGGUGAAUAUAGGGUCUAAUUUUGUCCAGGUCAUGCACUAGCCUGUAUUCAGUAUUCUUCUGUCAAGAGUAGAUAUAUAUCACCUUUAUUGAUGCA